CCACUGACGACGAAGACGAAUGGUGGGCAAGGCCCAUCGGAUCCGACGAUGAAGUAGAAGAAUGGCACGCGGGCAUCGAUGCUGGCGGAGGGGAUGGUGCCGCUACAAGCGACGAGAACGCCUGCGGGGUGGGCGACGAUGCGGCCGACGAGAACGCAUGCGGGGUGGGCGAUGAUGCGGCCGACAAGAACGCGUACUGGGAGGGUGACGAUGCGGGCGAGUAUCCGAGCGGUGAGGAAGGCAACGAUGAAGAGGCUGCAUGGUUCUGGCCGACACGCGCAUCACCCCGAGAUGGAGGAGGCGCUCGCCAAGUAUGUCUGCGAGCAACGGAGUCGGGGCCUGGUGGUCAGCGUCAAUGACAUUCGGGAAUGGAGCCGAAAGUACAUGCGCAGACGCGACCCAUGUACCAGGUGGCAGGGGUCGAACCGAUGGAGCCAACGGUUUCGCAAGCGGUGGGGAUUCACACUACGCUGCCGAACGAAGGUUGGGCAGAAGCUCUCUCCAGAAUGCGCCGCGGACUGUGAGGGGUUUUGGAAGUUCGUUCGCAUCAACCGUGCCCGUCAUCAGAUGGACUUACGCCGCAUCAUCAAUGCCGAUCAAACUCCUCUUUUCGUGGAGAUGCCAGCUGGCCGGACGUUGGAGCAGAAGGGGUCCCGUUCGGUGUCGGUGAAGACUGCUGGAUACGAGAAGCAACGCUUGACCGUGAUGCUAGCAUGCACGGCCAGCGGCGACAAGCUCCGGCCGUGGGUAUGGUUCAAGCGCAAGACCAUACCCAAAUGUGAAUGUCCCUCGGGGGUCGAAUUGCAGGCGCAGGAGAACGGCUGGAUGGAUGAGGCAGCCGUCAAGAAGUGGCUGGAGAAAGAGGUUCUCCCCUUUCUCAACCCAAAGCGUGGGGUGCCAGCACGACGUGCCAUGCUUGGGCUAGACUCGUACCGUGGCCAUCUCACCGAUGGGAUGAAGCACGCGUACAGGACGCAUUGCAUCAUCCCUGCCAUCAUUCCGGCUGGGUGCACUCUGCUGAUUCAACCCCUUGAUGUUUCCAUCAACAGGUGUUUUAAAGCGGGGGUGAGGGCAUGCUAUGCAAAGUGGUUUGCAAAGCACGGCAUCAACCUACGCACGGCCAAAGGAAACCUGCGCCGCCCGCCCCACCCCGUGGUACUGAAGUGGAUUGACCAAGCAUGGCGUGAUGUGCCGCGUGACAUCAUCGUGCGAGCAUUCAAGACCUGUGGCAUUUCAAGCUCCAUGGAUGGUACAGACAACUACUUGGUGCUCCAGCACAUGCGUGGGGAGCCAGCUCUCAACGUCUCUGAAGACAUGUCCCUGCAAGGGACGAGUGGUGACAAUGCAGGUUUCGUGGAAGAGCAGGAGGCAGAGGAGGGGGAGGCGGGAGAGGAGGGAGAGGAGGGAGAGGAGGGAGAGGAGGGAGAGGAGGAGGAGGAGGGGGGUGAAGCGCCAGAGCCAGGAGAGGAGGAUCCGUACCCAGAGACUAAGAAGUGCAGUGGCGCAGCAGCAGAAGCUGAGAAGCUGACAGAGCAUGAGAGCACUGCGAGGCAUGCCUGGGGGGUGCUAGAUUACAUCAAGCACCCCCCAGGAGGACCAGUAGAUGAGGAGGAGGAGGGCUGUGAUUUUAGUACUAUGGAGACCCAUGAGGAUUUCUAAGAGACUACUCUUGUCCUAUCUGCAUUGAUGACUGAAUGCAUAGAAUUUUGCCAUA